AUGGAGGGCUUUCCGCAGUUGACUAGAGAUGAACAAAGAAGCUUAAAUAAACGUAUUGAGCUUAUAGAGGUGGAGGAGGCGAUCAUUCGGAUGGGAAAGUUUAAAGCUCCAGGACCGGAUGGAUUCCAACCGGUCUUUUAUCACAACUGCUGGGAUGUGAUAAGAGAAUCGGUUACUCAAUUUGUGCUUGAGUUUUUUGAAUCAGGACAGUUAUCUCAAAAGAUGAAUGAUGCGCUUCUGGUAUUAAUUGGGAAGGUGGCAAAACCAGAGAAGAUAUCCAAGUUUAGGCCAAUCAGUUUAUGUAAUGUCUUAUUCAAGACUAUUACAAAAACAAUGGUGAACAGAUUGAAGAAGGUCAUAGCGAAUCUGAUCGGACCAGCGCAGGCAAGCUUUAUCCCGGGACGCUUGAGUACGGAUAACAUAGUGGUCUUACAAGAAGUUGUACAUUCCAUGAGACGGAAGAAAGGGAAGAAAGGUUGGAUGCUUUUGAAAUUGGAUUUGGAGAAAGCAUAUGAUCGGGUUAGAUGGGAUUACCUAGAAGACACCCUCGUUGCUUCCGGCUUAUCAGAAAAGUGGGUUAGAUGGAUCCUUGAGUGUGUUACAGGACCCUCGAUGCAUGUUCUAUGGAAUGGAGAAAAACCAGAAGCAGGGAAGCCUGAGCGUGGGCUAAGACAGGGUGACCCUCUCUCGCCGUACUUAUUUGUGAUGUGUAUGGAGAGACUGUGUCACAUGAUUGAGAGGUCGAUGGAGGAGAAAAAAUGGAAGCCCAUCUCCCUUUCGAGAGGAGGACCAAAAUUGUCACUCAUGUGUUUUGCGGACGACCUGAUUUUGUUUGUUGAAGCUUCAGUGGCUCAGAUAAGAAUCAUAUGA